AGUAUUUUUAUUUAGUGUCUUGUACUGAAAGUAAAUCCUGUGAUCAUCAUUCUCUUAAGCAAUUCCUGGAAGUAUAUUCUAGCUUAUUUGAAUUUUUAAACCAAGAGCUUAAAAAGUAACUAGUAUUUCUUUUUGCCUGAUUUCAAUUUUUUUGUUGUUUUUGGUUUUUUUUUAGAUAAAAGGAUACAUGUUCACUUCAAGUAGAAAGGAGCAUGUUCCCAAAUUCUUCCAACUUGGGUCGUCCACCCUUCCCUCCAAAAUAUCAACAACAAAGUACUUCCUUCGCUAAACUUCCUCUAAAUAUACCUCCUACUCUUCUUUCUCACCAGCAAAUUAUCGUUCCUCCAUUUCAUUUUCGCAGUGCAGUUCUAAUAGGUAUGGAUUGUAGUCUUUCUAGAGCUCUUUUGAAUGGGAACAUUGAAGCUGCUCCAGCUGUUAGUCCAGUUAUUACACUGCAACCAGCGACUUAUGGAAGUGUCAGUCCAGUGUCUACGUCGGAUGCCCUGAUGUCAUUUCAAGGAAGAAAGAGACAAAGUCAACAGAGUGUUCCAGAUGAUGCCAAACGGCAGCGGAUUCAUUCACGUGAUUCUGACACAGCUGUAGUUAACCAAGCAGUGCCUUUCCAGGAAGAGAGAAGACGCUCCUUCCCAUCAUCAAUUUCCGUUCGGUCUCCAGUGUUGCAUGGGCGUGGCUCCCCAGCCUUAAUUAGAUGUGUCCCUCCUUGGCAAGAUACUUUGUUUCCAGACCCUCGGGAAACCGGGCUCCCUGUUGCCAAAGACGAGUUAAGUCAACAGGUUUUGGAAUUGUUUCAAACAUGUCGACAACAGGCUUCAGAUUUGGACAGAAAAGAACUUUGCAGAGCACAACUCCAGAGAGAAAUUCAGCUAAUUUUUCCACUGAGCAGGCUUUUUUUGGUUGGAUCCUCACUGAAUGGAUUUGGCACUCGUACAAGUGAUGGUGAUUUGUGCCUGGUGGUUAAAGAAGAACCAGUGAAUCAGAAGACUGAAGCAAGGCGUAUACUCAGCUUAGUCCAAAAACUCUUCAGUACUAAACUUUCAAGCUACAUUGAGCGACCUCAGCUAAUAAGAGCAAAAGUGCCAAUAGUGAAAUUCAGGGAUAAAGUCAGCAAUGUGGAUUUCGACUUGAAUGUAAACAAUGUGAUAGGUAUAAGAAAUACAUUCCUUCUGAGAACCUAUGCAUUCAUUGAGAAUCGAGUUCGUCCAUUAGUACUUGUUGUUAAGAAGUGGGCAAGUUUUCAUGAGAUAAAUGAUGCCAGUCGUGGUACUUUAAACAGCUAUAGUCUUGUGUUGAUGGUUUUGCACUAUUUACAGACCUUACCUGAACCCAUCCUUCCAUCCCUCCAAAAAAAUUACCCAGAAUGUUUUGAUCCUGCUAUGCAGUUGCAUCUUGUUCAUCAAGCUCCACGUACCAUUCCUCCUUACAUCUCAAAAAAUGGAUCGAGCCUUGGAGAUUUGCUAAUAGGCUUCUUCAAAUAUUAUGCCACAGAAUUUGAUUGGAACCAUCAGAUGAUUUCAGUUCGUGAGGCCAAGGCUAUUGCAAGACCUGAUGGUAUUGAAUGGAGAAACAAAUUUAUUUGUGUAGAAGAGCCCUUUGAUGGGACAAAUACUGCUAGAGCUGUACAUGAGAAGCAGAAGUUUGAUAUGAUCAAAGGUGAAUUUGCACAGGCCUGGCGGUUAUUACGAGACAAGAAAGACCUGAACUGUAUAUUACCUUUAAAAGCAGCCAGACAGAAAAGAUGACUAGCUUCUUUCAUUUUCCCUUUUUUAUGGAUCCUGCUGAAAAAAAGAACAGUGUCAAAAUCAGGAGGCACUUACCCCAUGGUUUUUAUGACCUGUUUUUCUCUGUAAACUUUCGUUAAGGAAAUGUUUAUAAGGAAGUGGCAUAUUUUAUUAUUGGUGUUUGUUAAUACAGCUGUUCGUUCAAAGAUAUGCUUUCUGAAAAUGCUUGCAUUGUUGACUUCUAGAAGAAAUUCACAGCAAACAACAAGAAUGCAUCUAUUUUAAGGAAAGUAUGGGGAUAUACUUACUUGUUUCUAGCGUGAUCUGUGUGACCAUUAAUUCAGAUUUAGCCAUGAAAGAUAGAUACUCAAAGUUAAACCAUGUGCAAAUCUGACUAUGUCUUUAAGGCGCUGUGCACUACCAACGUCUUGAUGAAGAGAGUCUGUGCUUUACACCUGCUUGAUUGCAGUAAGCACACUUCUGCUCAACUUAGCACUUUCCAGUUUUAUUUCACUUUUACUUGGAAUAACAAGCAACUGUUUAUGAAAAUGAAGCUAGAUUAUGAUUGGUAGUACUCCGAAUAUCAAGAACUAUAAUCUAAACUGGACUUUUCAAGCAACAGUUUUACUAUGAAGAAGUUGAAGUAAAAAAUCUCAAUUCAAUGCA